AUGAAGAACAAGCCGUACGCUUCACUCGUAGGAAGUUUGAUGUAUGCCCAGGUUUGUACUCGCCCGGAUAUAGCUUUUGCUGUUAGUAUGCUUGGUAGGUAUCAAGUUAAUCCAGGAGAGAUUCAUUGGACAGCGGGGAAGAAAGUUUUGAGAUACCUGAAGAAAACUAGAGACUACAAGCUAGUGUACAGGAAAGGUGAAUCAUUAGAUGUGGUUGGGUAUUCUGACUCAGAUCAUGCAGGUGAUAAGGAUGACUUGAAGUCUACUUCUGGUUUUGUUUUCCUCAUGGCUGGUGGAGCAAUAUCAUGGAGUAGUUCAAAGCAAACUGAGGCUACCUUAUCUACCAUGCAAUCUGAAUUUAUUGCAUUGAGUCAUGCCACUACUCAUGCAGUUUGGUUAAGAGAUCUUAUUCGCUGCACUCAGGUUGUUCCAACCAUAGAAAGACCGAUGCCUAUCUAUUGCGACAAUUCUGCUGCAGUUUUCUUUGCAAAGAAUAACAAGAGGUCUUCUAGCUCAUAA